AGAGGUGGGGCCUGAUCCCUGCAUCUCGGUCUCGGGGAUACAGCCCAAGCCAGAGAAGCAGCAGCUAGGGGCGAUGGCCACUCCAAGCCCGGGGGCCUGCGAGACCUCCUCCCUGGAGGCUGCAAACAGGGCAGUUUCCCCAGGGAGUCACCAUGGCUUCUUUUGGCGUCUCCGAGACAAGCACAAUCGAGUCGGCCUGUUUGAGGUCAAUCCAGGGCACGAACUGCACAGAAUGACACGCAUGAUGCAGGAAGGGCUGUGGGCUGCCACCCAGGUCUUCAUGGACAACCCACCCAAGGGACCUCUCACCCAGAAGGAUUUCUCUGAAGUCAUGACCCAGGUUCACGAAGAGGGCUUCGAGAUGGGCACCCUGGCCGGCCCAGCUUUUGCACGUUUGAGGCACUUUCUGGGCCUGAACGAAGAGGACUACCAGGCUACUCUGGGCCCCGGUGGCCCCUACCUUCAGUUUCUCAGCACCUCCAAGAGCAAAGCCAGCUUCUUCCUGUCCCACGACCAGCGCUUCUUCCUGAAGACCCAGAGGCAGCAGGAGGUGCAGGUGCUGCUCGCCCACCUGCCCCGCUACGUGCAGCACCUGCGGCGGUACCCACACUCGCUGCUGGCACGGUUGCUGGGAGUGCACAGUCUGAGGGUGGCUCGCGGAAAAAAGAAGUACUUCAUCAUCAUGCAGAGCAUCUUCUACCCUGUGGGCCGCAUCUCUGAGAGGUAUGACAUCAAAGCUUGUGAGGUGAGCCGCUGGGUGGAGCCAGUUGCUGAGGGCAGCCCCUUUAUCCUGGUGCUGAAGGACCUCAACUUUGAGGGGAAGACCAUUAACCUGGGACCCCAGCGGAACUGGUUCCUCCGCCAGAUGGAGCUGGACACCGCCUUCCUGCGGGACCUGAAUGUGCUGGAUUACAGUCUCCUGGUGGCCUUUCAGCUUCUCCAUGAAGAUGAAAAGGAUGCUUACACCGUUUACAGUACAAUGAGGUCCGUACAUGGUGCACCAAAUUUGAGGCUGACGGAGAGCCAGAACCGCCGGCUGCUGCUAGAUGUCCCCAACGCCCUCCAUAUCUUGGAUGGGCCAGACCAACGUUAUUUUCUGGGCUUGGUGGAUCUGACCACCGUCUAUGGGCUUCGCAAACGGCUGGAGCAGUUGUGGAAGAUGAUGCGCUAUCCAGGCCAGUCCUUCUCCACCGUCAGCCCGGCUCGCUACGCCCGUCGCCUGUGUCAGUGGGUGGAGACGCACACCGAGUGACUCUCACCAGUCUGCUUUCUCAUCUGAACAAUGGGCAUGCGCCCGCAACAAUUUUCCAGCGGUACCCAGGGAGCUAGCCUGCAGUUACUCCUACUAGCCACAGGAGGGCAGCAUCCCCUAACUAAUGCUGUAACUACUCAGCCCUAUUCGAUGAUGGUGCUGUGCCCUGUUUAGAGGAAGGACACCCCCCCCAACCCCCAUCCCCAUUAGCUCAUUUACUAUUAAAAAAAUGUUGAUAUUCUCUUUUUACAGGCCGCGAAAUGAAGGCUCACGGGGUGAAGGGGGUGAGAAAAGACCACAGCAAUAAAUGCUGGAACCAGCCUGCACCGUGCCACCCAGCUCCUGUAGCCCUAGCUUCACACUCUGUAGAAAGGAAAGAGUGGAAGCUCUGCCCCCUUGUCCCAAUGGGAGAAAAAGUCCAGAGGCUUUAAGGUGCAAGACCAGUCCCGGAUCCUAGGCCUCCCAGUUCCCAUCUCUGAUUAAGGCUCCACAGUGCCCCUCUGGAAGACAAGUGGGUUAAGAUGAGGCAGAGCAGUCGUCCUGGAGUUGGUCAUGGCGGGAGGGGGGGACGGGACUGGGGGGGACUCAGAGUUCACUGUUGAUCUUGAAUGAUCUCUCAGUCACCUGUCAAAUGGGGAAGCCCAGCUGCUAGUCCAAGAGUUUUAGGCUAGCCAUUAGAACCCCUAACCACCUGCUUUCCUUCCUCUUGAAACCAGCAUGGCCUCUGACCCCAGUCUGAAACAAUUUUGCUCAGUGGCCUUUUCUUCCAAGAUGUUCUAGAGCCUGGCUGUGUUUCCAGGACAUGGUGCUAACCCCCGGUGCCUUCUUGGUCUAACGUAUGAAAGAUACACAGACCUCAGUAACACAGUCGACAUGGCCUGGGCAGCUGCCCUAUAGCAGGCUCUUUCCUGGGAUACACAGCUUUGGGGAGAAGCCUGGGAUCAAAGUCCUGGGGAAAGGAACCAUUAUCAAAUCAUCUCCCAGGUGGUGUCAGGAGGGAAGGGACCUCAACUUCUAAACUGAGACCAGACUGGUCAGACACGUCCCUUUUAGUUCCCAGGCCAAGGACACAGUGAAGGACCUGGAAUUUGGGAGAAAGAAAACCUCUUAGCAAGAAGUAGCAUUGUGGGGGCUGUGGAGGGGGGGUUGAGAGAUACCCCCCAAGACUGGCCAGCCAGGACCCUGGAAAAGUCUCUCAAUAAUUGUUCUACUGCCGAUCGGCUAUGGCCAGACCUUGAAAAGUGGCUGGUGGGCCAGGCGGUGGUGGCACACACCUUUAAUCCCAGCACUCGGGAGGC